AUUUCUUUUAUAUCUGUUUUGACCAUACAAAUCAAACUAAAUCAAAGCUGCCUGUCAAAGUCUGAGCAAUUAGAACACUAUUUAAAUUUAAUAUUGCCAUGGUUGCAUUGUCUAUAUAGUAACAUCAGUCAUUUCAAAAGGCAUAAUAACAAUAAUUCAUAUGCAAAUUAUAUACACAAAACCCGAAUUAAAUUUGACAUGUCAAGUGCCUUUCAUACAAAAAACAUUUAAGACGACAAAAGCUGUCUUUCUGACAGUAAAUUGGAAUGUAAUACGGCAUAAAGAAAGCAUAAUGGCUGAACUAGUUAGCAUUCGGUCUUCGGAUAGAAAAGGCGAGAAUAUUGAACUUGAAGAUAAAAUAGCGACACAAGUAGCCAUCGAAAAUCCCGCUUAUUCAAACGACAAUGAGUCGGUUGAAUCAACUCCAGCGACAAACGGGGAUACCAAGAGCAGUGCAAAUAAUACUACUUCACUUCACGGCACAACAAUAUCGUUUUACAAUAUCAAGUACACAGUCGAUACUAAAGUUAAACGGAAAAAAAUUGAGAAAGAAAUCGUUAAGGGAAUAAGGUAUGUGGCUAAUGUCAACAAAGAAAUGUAUGCAAAGACAACAACCAGGCAUUAAAUAUGAAUUUAUGAUACUUUAAUUGCAAUUUUAUGGCUAUUAUUUAUUAAUACAUUCAACAUUGAGAAGUGUAACAUGAAUUAAGCCUUUAUACUCUAAGCACAUAUUUUAUAAGCCGAUUGCGAAGUAUAUCUAUUUCGAAAUUAUGCAAUAUAUUAUUACUGUAGUCAAAAUAAUAUUGGUUUGUUUAUUUUUGCCCACAUAGACUAAAUUUAAUAUCUCUUUAUCUAAGACUAAGUGAGCGAUUAUAAAUUAACUUCUUCAAGAAAUACUUAUAUGGUUUUGGCAACAAAAGCCAUCAUGCAGAUUGACGUGAGAUAAAUGUUUAACAUUCCAUUGUUAUUGAGACGAGUACGUUACAAAACUUGUCGAGGAAAAUUUGCUUUAUAGUGUUUAUACGUUUUGCAACUGCUUUGCAACAUAAUAACAUUCGUUUUACAGUAAGUGUUGCAACUGCCUGACGCGGUUAUUGUAGAUAUAUAGAGAGAAUUAUUUCCUUUAAGGCCAAUGAAAAUUGAUAUCAUGUUUCUCGUCCCCGCCCGCAUGGGAUUUAUCUGCCGCACGAAAAUUUUUCAUUAUUUAUUAUUUUUGAAAAAUAAGCUUAAAAAACACCAAAUUCAUCUCCAGAUCAAAGUCUUAUUGCUGCAUUUCGCAAGCGCAACUCAAAUUGUAUCUUUCUAAAGAUAUUACUCGCCAGAAUGCCUCUAUUUGUCAUGUCAGCCCUGGUAUGUAAAGAAAUAUACUGUAGUCUGUAGACUGUAGUGUAGGACGUAUUAAAUUAAAAUGAAUUAUACACCAAUUUUUAAUACUUCAGAUUUUUAUGGGGUUUGUUACUGGGUCAAGGUAAUUAUUGACAAGCAGAAUUCAAAUACAAAAAAAUAAUGAAAAAUGAAAAAAUCCCGCUCCAAAUUUUUGAAAAUUAUGGAUGAGAAACAUGAUAUCAAUUUUCAUUGGCCUAAUAUAUACUACAUUUUAAUAGCACUGUCCAUGUCUCAGGUGAAACUACAUGAAACUGGGCAGUCGGUGUACAGAUACCCUUAUAGGAUAUCUGCGCACUUACUACCUGGUUUAAUGCGCAUAACUAUUUCCACAUUAAUGGCGAAAAAACUCAAGCAGACAAGCAAUGAUACUGGGAAUGUCUCAAUAUAGUUUGAUUUGAAAGUUGGAAAUACCAUAAAUUCAAGUUUUCAAAAGUGCCCUUUGGGCAAAAAAUGCAAUCUUAAUGACAUUUUUCACGCAAGAAAAGGGCACUUUGUUCCCGGAAAAAGGGCACUUUAGAAAACUUGGGGGCUGCCCCCCGGUUCCUACGCCCCUGCCUCCAUAUCAGUUGAUGAAAGUUGAUUGCUAUAUCUAAUAGUACGAAAUACAGCCGCUGCUUUUCAAUUUCAUACACGCGCGUAUGAAAUUAUAUAUUUCUCACAUAACUUAACUCUACAAUAAAUAACUAAGAGCCUAAUUAAUCGAGAUUAGUUGUGUCGCAACUGUUUGUUCUCAGUCUUAGCUGUGUAGAGAUGACUUGAUUGCAAUUGUCACCUUAUAACCUUUAAACUCUCCAUAAUCGUGUGUGAUUUGUUGGCAUUAUUUAUUUUGAAACUUUGAAGUCGUUGAACCAGUGGUGAAGUUAGCCAUAGCAACCAUAGAUAUCUUAUACAGUAUUUCAAUUAAGGUUGUUCCCCGAGCAAAGCGGAAAAGUCGAAUACGAGCGCGAAAGGCUGCUGGGAAUCGCUAACAAAUUAAUGAAUUUUCAAAGAGAUUCCCAGCAGCCUUUCGCGCUCGUAUUCGACUUUUCCGCUUUGCUCGUGGACAACCUUAAUUGAAAUAGCUGUACAUUGUAGAUAGCACAUCUCUUUUAGUACAAUUGAAGCCAAGAAUAUUCCAGCGGUUACCCCCAUUUGAAUAGAUGGCGGCCGUGUUGGAGUUUCCCACUCGCUAAUAAACGCAUAAAAAAACAACAAUAACUUUUAUCAUUUGAAUAGUUUAAAAAUGUAUUUGGAAUAGAUUUACCUUAAUAUUUAAGUUCCGUGUUUAAGAAAUAGAAAACAUACGAGUCUUCUCAUUUCAUGUGAAUAUCCUGAGUCUGCAAUCACGGCUUCAAUUUUGAAUUAUAGAAUAAUUAGAUGCACGAUAUCUAUGAUAGCAACAGGUCAGUCUGCAAUGCAAACUUUUAAUGAUUUGCGUUAUUUCAAAGCUUUAAAAAUGUAUUGUCUUCAACCUGUUUCGAUACAGGUAUAAUAUUAGCAUAGCAUGAACAAUUUCCAUGCAUGCACUAGCUGCAUUGUGCUAUAAUUGGGGGUUGGGGAUGAAUAUUGGAUGUUGAAUACUGGGUUUGAAGUAGUUCAACAUAGUUUUUUUCAGGAAUUUUUAAGGUAGGACUAUGAAUUUUAAUUAUUUAAUUUAGAGAUAGAAAUACUGAAUAUUUAAGGAAAUAUUCCUCUUCCACUGCGGCGUAUAGAGCGUUCCCACAAAUUGAAAUAUUUGGUACAUAUUGUAUGGGAUGCAAAACGAAAUUGUAUUAGCCUAAGAAUUUACAAAUUAUCAAUUUUGUUUCCACACACAUAAAUCACUUUUGUUAAUUACCAGUAAGGAAAAGUUGUCAAGUACACUGACAUGUAGUGACAUAUUUUGUUUUUGCAAUCUUUUAGUGGUAUUUUCCCCCCUGGAAUGAACGCGAUACUUGGUCCAACUGGAUGUGGAAAAACUACGUAAGUUUUAAACAAAUUGUUACAUUAGGUAUAGGUAGUUAUAGUUUGUUUGUUUGUUUGUCUGUUUGUCUGUUUGUCUGUUUGUUUGUUUGUUUGUUUGAUUGUGUUUGUGUUUGUGCUUGCUUGCUUGUGUGUUUGAUUGAUUGUUUGCUUGCCUGCUUGCUUGUUUGAUUGAUUGUUUGUUUGUUUGUUUGUUUGUUUGUUUGUUUUAUUUGUUUCUUUGUUAUAAUACUUAAGUCUAAGUUAGUUUAAAGUGUUUAUGUUUGCCCCUGUUUUUUAUUGAUUACUGAGGGUAUUAAUGACGGUGGCAGUUCAUUCAUAACUCACUCCUGUUCUCUCCCCAGGACACUUGACAUGUUGGCUGAUCGUAAAGACAUGUCACAUGUGACGGGUGAUAUCAUGGUCAACGGUGCAAAGAAACCAUCAAACUUCAAGAGGAUGACCGGUUAUGUAGUUCAGGUAAUGUAAGAAUGUAGAGCGACGCUAGAGGGGGUGCAGGGGGUGGAGGAACACCCCCUGUAGGGGGUGGAGAACACACCCCCAAUCUCUUUCACUUUCGGUUUUACAUUUAAGAUUUUCAUGUUUUCCUCAUGAAUUAUUACUGAUAAAGUACAAUUUAUUCAUAUUUACAGCACGAUGUCGUGAUGGGUUUACUAACAGUUCGUGAAAAUAUUUAUUUCUCGGCAUCGUUACGUCUUCCUUCCUCGAUGUCCAGUGAAGAGAAGGCUCAGAAAGUCGACAAACUUAUCGAUGAGUUGGGACUCGCCAAAGUCGCUGACUCCAAGGUAUCAGUAUUAGGGACGUAGCGACGAUUUUCUCGUUGGCGGUGGAGUGGUGGAUUUCUAACGCUUCGGUAUUUAGUCGUUGAAUUCGCUGAUACAUGCCCUUGAAUGUCCUUGAAAAGUCCUUGAACUUCACUCUCUGAUAUGUACGAACCCUGAUUCGUUUAGGCUGCAGGUGAUAGUACCAAAAGUUGAACUCUCUUAUCUUUGUUCAAUUUCCAGGUGGGAAAUGAGGUGGUCCGAGGGAUAUCUGGUGGUGAAAAGAGACGAACGGGGAUUGGAAUGGAAUUAAUUACCUCUCCUCAUGUUUUAUUCUUGGACGAACCAACGACUGGUUUGGACGCAUCAACUGCUUCGAGUGUCAUGCAAUUAUUACAUGA